AUGGUUGAACCAGUGGGGUUUGUGGAGGCAUGGAGAGCCCAGUUCCCAGAGUCUGAGCCCCCUUCUAUGGACCUGAACUCCAUGGGGGGCAUUGAACAGGAGUUGGACAAAUGCAAGGCAUCUAUCAGGCACUUGGAGAAGGAAGUAAACAAGGAGCGCUUCCGGAUGAUCUACUUGCAGACUCUCCUUGCAAAAGAGAGGAAGUCUUAUGAUGGGCAACGAUGGGGAUUUAAAAGGACACCCCAGAUAAACGACGGAGACUUGCCCUGUGGCCCAGACAGCCAGAGGUCCCACACAGAUGAGGCACCAGUGGAGGAGCAGCAGCAGCUCAGAGGGCCUGUAAAGACAGCCAGAUGCAAACCACAUCCUGAAGGAGAGGUGGAUGGCGUAUCCCCGGCUAAACAGAAGGGAGGGGUGACACCACUCCGCCAGGAGUCAGAGAUUCCCGAUUUCCCACUGGGCACAGGCUCGGUGGCGGCGUUGAGAUCCAACUUUGAACGCAUCAGGAGAGCCACCUCUCACACAGCCGGAGAUGGUAGAGGGUUGUCGGUGAUGGGCAGCCAGGAGAAACCUUUUUAUGUGAACAUGGAGUACCAUCACGAGCGAGGUCUGGUCAAAGUCAACGACAGGGAGGUCUCAGACAAGAUCAGCACCCUGGGCUGUCAGGCCAUGCAGAUGGAGCGUAAAAGGUCCCUGCACUCCCUCCCAGGGAACCUGUCUGCUGCCACGGGGGACAUCAGCAAGGCUGUUCAGAGAGGCAGAUCCACAGAGGGGAACUGCAGCUACAAUGGGUCACAUGAAGACGCAGAGGCCAACCCACACUUCCUGAAAGACGAUGUGAUCCGGGAAAAGUCUGCGCGGCAGCCAGCAGAGUGCCAACCUUACACCAGUGUGUACGUUGGAGGGAUAAUGGCUGAAGGGGACACUCGAGUCAUCCACAUUAGAGACCACAGCGUAGAGGAGGAUGCGCAUCUUACCUGGCCAAGACGCUCCUACUCUCCAGGCAGCUUUGACGACGUUGGAGGAGGAUACACGCCAGACUGCAGCUCCAAUGAAAAUUUAACAUCCAGUGAGGAGGACUUCUCCUCCAGCCAGUCCAGCCAUGUGUCCCCCAGUCCCACCACCUGUCAGAUGUACAGAGAGAAAAGCCGCUCACCUUCCCAACAAUCCCAGCACUCCUUUGACAGCAGCAGCCCCCCCACACCCCUGUCUCAGAAACGACUGAAGCAGCAGGUGGUGGUGUCUGAGGCCUCCAUCACCGGGGUCUGUAAAAGAGGCCAGAUCUGGCCCAGUGACGGGGACUCUACCAUGUCCAGCAGGACCUCUCAUGACAACAGUCUUCAAGGAGAUCUGGAGGCUUCCUACAACGAGACCCCUACAUCAUAUGGCUAUGACCUGGAGCACUCGGAAGAGAACCAGCCUCACCACGGCCCUCUGUCCUUUACUGGAUCUCCUUCAUCCUCGCCACGACUCCGCACCAAGAGCCAGAGCAGCAGAGACACCCAGUCCACGGGUUCUCUGGAGUCCACGCUGUCGGUGGAGUUGGAUCAGGAGAAGGGGCUGGAGAUGAGGAAAUGGGUUCUGUCAGGAAUCCUGGCCAGUGAGGAGACCUACCUCAGCCACCUGGAGGCCCUACUCAUACCCAUGAAGCCUCUGAGGGCCGCAGCCACAACUUCCCAACCGAUGCUGACCAUCCAGCAGAUAGAGACCAUCUUCUUCAAAGUGCCAGAGCUUCAUGAGAUCCACAAGGAUUUCUAUGACGCUCUGCUACCCCGAGUCCAGGACUGGGGCCACCAGCAGUGUGUGGGCGACCUCUUUCAGAAACUGGCCAGCCAGCUUGGAGUGUACCGGGCAUUUGUGGAUAACUAUAAGGUUGCUGUGGAGACGGCGGACAAGUGCUGCCAGGCAAAUGCUCAGUUUGCAGAGAUAUCUGAGAAUCUCAAGGUCAAAAGCACAAAGGACUGCAAAGACCAGUCGGCCAAAAAUUCACUGGAAACUCUUCUCUACAAACCGGUGGACCGAGUGACUCGCAGCACACUUGUUCUGCAUGAUCUACUGAAGCACACACCCUCCAGCCACCCGGACUAUCCGCUGCUACAGGAUGCCCUGCGCAUCUCGCAGAACUUCCUGUCUAGUAUUAAUGAAGAAAUCACACCACGCAGACAGUCCAUGACAGUUAAGAAAGGAGAGAACCGUCAGCUGCUGAGGGAUCGCUUCAUGGUGGAACUGGUCGAAGGUUCCAGGAAACUCCGUCACGUCUUCCUCUUCACCGACCUGCUGCUCUGCACCAAGCUGAAGAAACAGGCUGCGGGAAAAGGGCAACAAUAUGACUGUAAGUGGUACAUCCCACUGGCUGAUCUGAUCUUCCAGACCAUCGAGGACUGUGAGUCCACCCCAAUCCCUCUGGUCCAGGAUGAGGAGAUUGAUGCCAUGAAGAUCAAAAUAUCCCAGAUCAAGAAUGAGAUUCAGAGAGAAAAGAGAACCACCAAAGGACCCAAAGUGAUCGAGCGACUGAGGAAGAAGUUGUCAGAACAAGAGUCUCUGCUGCUUCUCAUGUCACCAAGCAUGGCAUUCAGAGUGGCCAACAGAAAUGGAAAAGGUUUCACAUUCCUCAUCUCCUCUGACUAUGAACGAGCCGAGUGGAGGGAGAUCAUUCGCGAGCAGCAGAAAAAGUGUUUUAAAAGUUUCUCUCUGACCUCUCUGGAGCUGCAGAUGCUCACUAACUCAUGUGUGAAACUCCAGACUGUUCACACCAUUCCAAUGACCAUGAAUAAGGAAGGUAAGGUUCACAAUGCAUUGUACUUUUCAGGGUGUAAUGUACAUUUUAAUUUACCUGCAAUUUUUUUUUUGGUCUUAACCUGCGUAAUCUCACUGCUACCCACAGAUGAUGAAUCUUCUGGUUUGUACGGCUUCCUAAACGUCAUUGUCCACUCUGCAUCAGGCCUGAAACAGAGCUUGAACCUUUACUGCUCUCUGGAGGUGGAUUCCUUCGGCUACUUUGUCAACAAAGCCAAAACACGUGUGUACAGAGAUUCUACGGAGCCCAACUGGAACGAGGAGUUUGAAAUUGAACUAGAGGGCUCUCAAACUCUGAGGCUACUCUGCUAUGAGAAGUGCUGCAACAAAACCAAGCAGAGCAAAGAGGAUGGAGAAAUCACAGACAAGAUCAUGGCCAAAGGACAAAUAAAGCUUGAUCCUCAGACAUUGCAAAAUAAAGACUGGCAGAGGACAGUCAUCGCCAUGAAUGGGAUUGAAGUGAAGCUUUCAAUGAAGUUCACCAGCAGAGAGUUCAGUCUGAAGCGAAUGCCUUCACGAAAACAGUCUGGUGUCUUUGGAGUGAAGAUCAAUGUAGUAACUAAACGAGAGCGCUCCAAGGUUCCACUCAUUGUGAGACAGUGUGUGGAGGAGAUUGAGCGCCGAGGGAUGGAGGAGGUGGGAAUCUACAGAGUGUCUGGCGUCGCAACUGACAUCCAGGCGCUGAAGGCUGCCUUUGAUUCAAACAACAAGGAUGUGUCGGUCAUGAUGAGGGAGAUGGACGUAAACGCCAUCGCUGGAACACUGAAGCUGUAUUUCCGCGAGCUGCCAGAGCCUCUUUUCACUGAUGAGUUGUACCCUAACUUUGUAGGAGGAAUCGCUCUCUCUGACAGUGUGGCCAAGGAGAGCUGCAUGCUCAACCUGUUGCUGUCUCUACCAGAGCCCAAUCUGCUGACCUUCCUCUUCUUGCUCGACCACCUUAAAAGGGUGACUGAAAAUGAGAGCGUCAACAAGAUGUCUUUGCACAAUCUGGCCACAGUUUUUGGCCCCACUUUGCUUCGGCCCUCUGAGAAAGACAGCAAAGUCUCAAACAGCUCACAGCCAAUCUCCAUGAAUGACAGUUGGUCUUUAGAGGUCAUGGCUCAGGUGCAAGUUCUUCUCUACUUCCUUCAGCUGGAGAGGAUUCCAACACCUGACAGCAAACGUCAAAGCCUUCUGUUCUCUACUGAAGUUUAAUGGGAACAUCCUGCACUUACAUGUCUGUAAAUGUACUAUUCAGAGGCAGAAUGUUAGCUGCUCAAUGUGAUGGAUGCUGCUGAGCAGCUUUGGCUGGCUGGUUUACUCCCAGGAUGCUUAAUUUAGCCACCAGGUGGAACCAUCAGCACAUUGUCAGCUAGAAAACAGCCAUCAUGACCAAAGCAAUCUCUUUUGGAGAUGUGAUGAGUUGUGUUCUGUUUGCUUUCAAGCUUACCUGCUUUGUCAGAAAAAGACAACCCUGUAUGAUAUAUGGUCAAAAUGUAGAAAUUUAAAAUCAAUUUUUUUUUUUUUAAUUUACAGUUCACAAAGCAUUAUGUACUGUGCUUUAAUAUUUUUCACUGCCCUGUUCUGUCACUGAGCACAUUAGCUCCAUAUUCACCAAGGUGGAUUUCUGCUGUAGUUAGAUUUUGUAAGAUACAUUUCUGUGGAUAUAUGACGGAUGAAAUGUUGGAUGAAUGGACCUAUAUAUUUUUCUUAUCUAUACAUGUUUUUUUUCUUCCCAGUAAUGUUUGACUUGGUUGAAAGCUCAUCUGUGCCAAUUUUUCCCUGCUGAUGACUAGUAGAAAAUUUCAGUAAUUACCCUUAUGUUUACACACACUCUUAAAUUUGUACAGAAUUUAAAAGUAUGAGACUGAAAACUGUAGUAAUACACAGCAACAUGCAGGCAUGUUGACCUAACCAUUGAAAGUGUUUUGUUAACUGUGCUAUACAACUUGUACUGAGAACCUAACAGGUUCUCUCGGUGGUGUCCGAGCCAACUUUCACGUACAUACGAGUGCUGUUUUUGAAGGUGGUACAGAGAAGUGGAAGGUAAAUCAUUCCAGGAAAAGGUGAGGCCUAAUUCUUCCACUCAUGGAAUGUAUAUUGUGCUGUGUGUCAUUUUAAUUUCACCAUGGUCUUUUGUCCAUAUCUCAUAUGUUUUGUGUCCACAUUGUUUCUAGCUUCUGUCUGAUUUGGUUUAUUCAGUUGGAGUUGAUGUGCUGCUCCCUGCAUUCCUUCUGUGUAGUCUGACUAUAUAAGAUAAAACCACACUGCUGUAGAAAUGAGAGCACCUGCAGAUAAUCCAAAAUGUUCCCUAGUAGAAGCACAGUAAUUCACUCAUAUCCAUGUCUGCUGGUUUAUUAACAUCCAUGUACCUAGUAUUGCUUUUAAAGCCAAGUGAAAGUACACUGUGUGCUUGCAUCAUUGUUUUUUUUUUUCCAAAUCACUUAAAGCAUCCAAACACUUCUUAGCACAAACUGUAAGGUUGUGAUUUAUGUGAAAUAAGCAAUAACUCUUAGUAAUUCUUAGGAUGACCAAUGGCUAGUGGAUCUUGUAUGUAUGAUUUAUGUAAAUAAAACUUGGUAAUAUUA